UGUGGGAUAGCAUCAGGAGGUCAGCGGCGCUCCGGGUCAACUCCGUGUUUUACCCGAACACAUUUUUAUUUGAGGACAUUUACCGGAUUUUAACCGAUUCCAGCAAUGCGUGGGGAUGAAACGGAUACGGAGUCUGUCAGAUCAGCCGAUGGCUCGAUCCGGAGUAAUUUCGAGGCGCUUUGUCAGGAGCUCAAUAUGGACGAAGAGACGGCAGCUGAAGCGCUUCAGAACUUCAAAUCCAUCUGGAAUACUUACACACUGGAGGGUGAUGUCAUGCACUGGCUGGCCUGCUCCCUGUAUGCUGCCUGUAGGAAGAGCUCCAUCCCUACAGUGGGACGGGGUGUGAUGGAGGGCAAUUGUGUUUCCCUUACAAGGAUCUUGCGCUCUGCAAAGCUCAGUUUGAUCCAGUUCUUCAGCAAGAUGAAGAAAUGGUCAGACAUGGCGAAUCUCUCUCAGGACUUUCGCAGCCGCAUAGGUCGACUAGAGCGCAAUUUUGAAGUGUCGACUGUGAUUUUUCGUAAAUUUGAGCCGAUAUUUCUGGACAUGUUUCAGAAUCCUCAGGGUGAACCUCCUCGCAUGCCUAGAAGCCGCAAACACCGCCGUCUGCCAUGCCACAUCAGUGAUGUCUUCAAGUUCUGUUGGACCCUCUUUGUUUAUACAAAAGGUAAUUUCCACAUGAUCGGAGAUGAUCUGGUCAACUCCUAUCACCUCCUGCUCUGCUGUCUGGACCUGGUGUUUUGCAACGCUCUCAUGUGCUCCAACAGGAAAGAUCUCAUCAAUCAGAAUUUCAGAGGCCUGCCAAAGGACACAGAAAACCUGAAGGAGAUGCCCUGUGUCAUUGACAAGUUGUGUGAACUGCAUGAUGGGUUGGUGGUGGAGGCCAAAGGCAUAAAGGAGCACUACUUCAAGCCCUACAUGAAGACCCUGUUUGAGAAAAGAAUGUUAAAAGGUGAUGUUGAAACUCUGACUGAAUUACUGGACACUCCGAAUUUCCAAGAUAACAACAAAGCUGUAAAUCGGGAGUAUGAGGAGUUUGUUUUGACUGUGGGGGAUUUUGACGAGCGAGUGUUUUUGGGGGCUGAUGCGGACGAGGAGAUUGGCACACCGCGCAAGUCCACCGCUGAGCCUCCGUCAGGUCAUCUCUCUGCCCGCAUGCAGGUGGAGAACAACCUUCAGCAGCACUUUGAGAAGACGCGUUCCCUUGCUCCCUCUACUCCUCUAACGGGUCGACGGUAUUUAAAGGAGAAGGAAGUGCUGGUCACGCCUGUUUCUUCAGCCACCCAAAGUGUGAGUCGACUGCAAAGCAUGGUGUCUGGUCUCCGAAACACACCGAGCGACGCUCUGCUCCAGAUAUUUAAUUCCUGUUCUCGAAACCCCACUGAAUCCAUUCUGAAUCGAGUGAAAACCUUGGGGGAGAAGUUCAAACAGGCCUACACUAAUCCCACAGAUGACCUGCCUGGAGCACAUAUGGACUUUGCAGAGAAACGUCUGAAGCUGGCCGAGAUCUUGUACUUUAAAAUCCUGGAGAAUGUAAUGACUCAAGAGAUGAAGAGAUUACAGGGCAAAGACUGGGCAGUCCUGUUGGAGCAGGAGGUGCUCCAUUGCUCUCUUUUGGCCUGCUGUCUGGAGGUGGUGCUGUUCUCAUACAGCUCGCAAAGAACUUUCCCCUGGAUAUUAGACAUCUUUCAGAUCCCACCUUUCUACUUUUACAAGGUGAUUGAGGUGUUCAUCCGCUCAGAGGAGGGUUUAUCCAGAGACAUGGUGAAGCAUUUGAACAGUAUAGAGGAACAGGUGCUGGAAAGCAGAGCAUGGACAAGAGAUUCAGCCCUGUGGAACGCUCUUAAUAAGGAUAACAAUAAAGUUCCCACUGUAGAAGAGGUGAAUUUUCCUAGCAAUUUUGAUACGGGCAAUAAUGCAGGUGGUCCCACUCACCUCCCAUUGGUGGCGCUGUCCCCUAUCAUCCACCCUCGCCUCAGGGAGGUACGCACAGGCCUGGGCUCCAGCGCGCGCAAAGAUGUCCCUCAAUCCCCCAUCUCUCUCCAUGACCGCUACAGCUCUCCAGCUGCUGGCAGCGCAAAGAGACGCUUGUUUGGUGACGAUGCUCCGCCACAAUCCCCAAUAAAGAGGAUCUCCGUCACACCCAUCAAAAUCAUUCCCAGCGGCAUUGAAAACCAGAACACCACAACUGUCCUCUCCAUGGCCACUGGAAAUGGCCAGCAGCUCACCAUUCCACUGCCAGUAGUAAAGAAUGAAGCAGGCAGCAUCACAGUCAUCCAGCUUCAGGCCAGUGAUAUGAAUCCUCUCACUGCUCAAGUCUUACUGACCGCUUCCCCGAGCCGGCCUGCUCCAGUCGCUCCAGCCAUCAGCUUGGACACACAACCACCACCAGCCAAUAAACCACGCCGCACGGGCUCUCUCGCACUCUUCUUCAGGAAGGUUUAUCAUUUAGCCAGUGUGCGUCUGCGAGACCUGUGUCUGAAGCUGGAAAUCUCCUCAGAGCUGAGAGGGAAGAUCUGGACGUGUUUUGAGCACUCUCUCCUGCACUGCACUGACCUGAUGAAGGACAGACACCUGGACCAGCUGCUGCUCUGUGCCGUUUACAUCAUAUCAAGGAUCACAAAAGAAGAGCACACUUUUCAGGACAUUAUGAAAUUCUACCGAACGCAACCACAGGCCAACAGUCAUGUGUACCGCAGUGUUUUAAUAAAGAGGCGUCCCAGAGUGCAGCAGGCCGACGAGAACAUGGAAGUCGAUCCACCAGCAGACCAGUCCAAUGAGAGGACAGAUCAAGCAGCCAAUGAGAGGAUCGAUCAGGCUGACAGAACACAGGCUGUCAUCGAAUCAGAAGAAAGAGGGGAUCUCAUCCAGUUCUAUAACAACAUUUAUGUGUCAAAGAUGAGAUCAUUUGCUUUUAAAUAUGAACUUUCCACGCUUGAUAACAGGAUGGAAGCUCCUCCGUUAUCUCCGUUCCCCUCAGUUCGGUCUCACACUCUCUCUCCUCGCCGUGUGUCUCAGAAACACUCCAUCUUUGUGUCUCCUCAUAAAAACAGCUCCAGUCUCACGCCCAGCACUGCAUACACAUACAGGUUCACUGGAAGCCCUUCAAAGGAGCUGAGUGACAUAAACCAGAUGAUCCGUCAGGGUGGCGUGAGCAAGAAGCGGGCUUUCACCAUGGAGGGCGAUGAGACCGAAUCUCCGUCUAAAUGUCUCCGUCAAGAGAACGACGACGUGCUGCUCAAACGCCUCCAGGACGUGGUCAGCGAGAGAGCUAGUCUGUGAUCUGCUUUCAUUGCAGACCUGAUUAUUAUUAUUAUUUUAAAAAGCCAAAAACUGAACUUGAGUCCAGGAUGUAGAGAGAGAUGUGACAAUUAUUAAUUAUGUCGCAGAACAAUAACACAACCAAAAAACCAAAAACAUCACGUGCAGCUCGAGGAUCAUGACUGAUGUUUUUAAUCACAGCAGAAGUUGAGGGAGAUCAGUAUGAAGUGAAAGGCUUUAAACUGAAUCAAGCAAUCUUUUAUCAUGCAUUUUUCACAAUAUGCAUCAUGUUUUUGUAAAGAACGCCUAUUACAGAGAUAUUCUGUAGCUAUUCCAAUCAAAACUGAACUUUUAUUUGCAGUCGAGGAGUUGCUCUGCCUCAAAUAUUUAAAGGAUUCUCACUAUUUUUAUUUAUUCUCUCAUUCUGUAUCAACACAAAAGGAGGAUAAUGCAAUGGUUUGUAUUAAGUGCUUUUUUAAUUCAAGGGUUAUUUGGCAUAAUAUACUGGGCACACAAAGUUAAAUCUGUCUUUAAUGCAUUUCUGCUAAUCAAAUGAUCACAUUUUUGCAAGCAUCCUGCAAAUGAUCAGCGCAGCUCUGUAUUCAGAUGUGUGGUAUCUACACCUCUCACUUAAGUUCUUGUAUUUUCACUUAACAGAUUAGUUUUCUGUUUUUAAGAGAUUUUUUUUAAAGAGUCAUGUUUACAGUGCAUUUCACUGUUUUGGUAUUAAAUUUGGUGAAUUUCACCAUCAUGGUGUGAGUGUGUGGUGUACAGUAGCUCAUUUAAUACUAUGAUUUACAGUUUUGCUGAUCAUUUUUUUUCUCUUCAGUUAAUAUUUACUAUCAUGGGCGCCGCUAGGGUAUGGGGAAAGUUCGGGGGAGGGAGAAUUUCAUAAAAGGGGGGUGGGGGGUGGUGGGACCUCGUAUGAUUCUUAAGAGCCCACGCCGUUUUGGUGCCCCAGAGUUACUAUUAGGAGCCCAAUUAACCAACAUCGCCACCCCCACCCUCCCCCCUGCUCUUCACUUUUGUCUGUGACACCAUCCCAAUAUGCUCACCUAAAAGAGGCGGGGGGUGGAGUUUGCGCCAUUCUAAGGGCCCAUCUCGUUUUGGGGCCCCAGAGUUAAUAUUAGGGCCCCAAUCAACCAACGCCACCACCACCACCUCCCACUCCCCCUCCUCACAUGCGUCCAUGACACCAUCCCAAUCUGCUCAACCCUAGGGAGGAGGGGGAAGUUCAGAUGAUUCAAAGAGCCGACACCGUUUUAAGGCCCCAGAGUACUAUUAGAAGACCAAUCAACCAAUGCCAAACCCCUGGCCCCCCGCUCUUCACUUUCGUCUGUGACAUUACCCCAAUAUGCUCACCCAAAACGGCCGGGGGGUGGAGUUCAGAUGAUUCUAAGGGUUGGCAUUUUGGGGGACCAGAGUUAAUUUUAGGGGCCCAAUCAACCAAUGCCACCACCACCUCCCACUUUUCACUUGCGUCCGCUACUCCAUCCCAAUCUGCUCAACCCUAGGGUGGAAGUUCAGAUGAUUCUAAGGGCCCUCACUGUUUUGAGGCCCCAGAGUUACUAUUAGUUGACCAAACAACCAACGCCACCACCUCCCACUCUUCACUUUCGUCUGUGACACCAUUCCAAUCUUCUCAACCCUAGGGGGGAGUUCAGAUGAUUCUAAGGGCCCACAUCGUUUUGGGGCUCCAGAGUUAGUAUUAGUGGCCCUAACAACUAAUGCCAAAACCCCACCCCCCUUACUGUCAUAGGGCCUGCACCGGCCAGUGGCGCCCCUGCUGGUCAUAUGCUCAACAGGAUGGCAGGUUUUCUUCAGAUCAUGUGCUCCGGCUAUCAGUGCUUCUCAGUAUUGUCGGUUAUUUUUAUUCUUGCACAACCCUUGUAUAUUGUAUCCGUUCAUGUUUUUCGUCUAGCUUGGUUUCUGAUGGCCAACACUGAGUAUUGCUUUGUAAUCUGUGUUUUGUAAUAUAGCAGUGGAAUAUUUUGAGGAAUAUUCCAUUUAUGUUUAUACAAACUCCUAUUUUAAGAUUUUAAAUCAUUUUGUUUUCCCACAACAUUCUCCUUCCUGCUUUUAUUUGAUUAAAUCUGGAGACGUUUUGUAGUUUAGGUUUUUGUAAUUGAUGCUUUGAACAGACUUUUGGUCUGUUCCACAAUCAGUGCCUUAGUAUGUACAUAAUAAUAAAAUAAAACAUGUGUUGUGCUUUCUCCAUGAAGAA